UGACUCACCCCAGGGCACAAGCUUGACUUCGAAUGUGUCCGGGGCACGUGCUGGCUUAAUUGUCUUCUUUGUACUAUGCUGUCGCAGAUACUUUUUAAUGAUAACUACAGUGUCUUUGGCAUUGAAUGUCAAAACGUACGGGUUUCGGCUUCUGGAGGCAGCAAAGUCUCUCAUCUUCCAUGCGAAUGACAACACGACACGUAAGGUCAUACACAAUAGCGCUUUUUACUGGCAGAAUGCAGUCAUUCAGGUUGGGACCCAGCUAUUCAAAGUUCCGAUACGUGAUUUCGAGGAAUCCGCAUUUUGGGAGGAGCUGGAUCUAACUGGAGGAAAAGGCUCUCACGAUGAUGAUCCGAUCGUUUUGGAAGGUGUCUCUUCAGCAGAGUUUGAAAGCUUACUGCGAGUCAUACAUAUGCGACAUAGUGACAGCGGGAAACUCGAACUGCAUGUGCUGACCAGCGCGCUGAAGCUUUCCACCAAUUGGCAGCUCAUUGACGCUCGCAAUAAAACUAUACAGCAGCUCCAUCCUAUGAUUUGUACCAACUUUGCGGUACUUGUCGACCUUGGCACCACUUAUUUUGUCCUUCCUUGGCUACAACUAGGCCUGUACAAAUUAGUUGAACGUGGAACGUGUAUCACAGGCACAGAGGCGACGUAUUUUCGCCGGGAUUCCAUUCUCAAAGUAUGGGAAGCGCAAGAGAGAGUCAGGGAAGGAGGGUCAGAUCCAUUGAACACGAUUUUCGACGUUUUCAGUGCAGAGAUCCGUAAAGUUGAAAGAGAGUCAAAUGCUUACGGUGCCGUUACGCUACCUGGGUGGCCGCCGGAGAGAUCCCUUGUACAGCCAACGAAAGCCGGUGCCAUUACCUCAGUCGUUACGCAGAUAUUGAAGGGAGGAGUGAGCUAGGAGUUGAUAGCAAUGUUGAUGCAGCGGAAGCGAAUAAUUCAAACUAAUGGCGACUAUAAAAGCUGCGCCGUUCCUGUACAAUUUCAGGCAGCUAGACCACUCGGUUUUGGCACGCAAGACAAUAGACACUGGGAACACGCUCAUU